AUGGCACAAAAAUGGGUGUUCGCGGAGUGGCGCGCCCGCUUGGAGAAAGCAGAGCACGGGGCCUGGACCGUCGGGGCCGUCAGGCCGUGCCUCGAGGAGUGGGCUGGUAGAAGGUGGGGCGAACUCACCUACCAGCUCACGCAGGUGCUCACCGGAUGUUUCGGUGAGUACCUGCACCGUAUAGGGAAGGAGCGCAGCCCACACUGCCACCAUUGUGACGCGGACGAGGACACCGCGCAGCAUACCAUUGCGGAGUGCUCCGCGUGGGAUGCGGAGCGCGAUGUCCUCGUCCAACAGGUAGGAGGAGAUCUCUCUCUGCCGGCACUCAUUCGCGAGAUGUUGCGGAGAGAGGCCUCCUGGAAGGCGGCCUCCGGCUUCUGCGAGCGCGUGAUGCUGCAGAAGGAGGAGGCCGAAUGGG